CUUAAUAAAAAUGCAAGAUUCUAUUGAGUUGGAUGAGUUGUAUUCAAUGUUAAAGAAAAAUAAUUAUCCUGUAAAUAUGAGUCUACUUAAAGCAUUUUUUGAAAAAACAGAUAGAGAUGGGAAUAGUAAUAUAUUAUAUUAAAUUAAGAAUGCAUUGAUUUAGAUGAAUUUAAAUAAGUAAUCAAAGAUGAAUCGACAUCUCAAAGUAAUGAUGUCAAAUUACACUGAUUAGUUUUUAGAAAGAUGAUGAGAAGAAUGAGAGAAAUAGGAGAUGACAAUUAUUAUUCUACAGACUUUGUGAAUCUCUUAAGAUAUUUAUGUUAUUGUUCAAAUAGAAAAGAUCUUAUAUUUUAAAUCAAAGUACUUCUAUUAUUAAUAUAAUAAGAAUACUAGAUUAUCUUUUGAAACAAGAUCCAAAUUAGUUUCUGACUUAUUAAAAAUCAAUUAAUUAUUUACUAAAUCAUAACAUCCAACUUAAGAUUAGUUAUUAACACUUAGACCAUUUAUGAAAAAAAAGACUUAAUUAGAAUUCAAAUAUCUUACUCCAAUCCAAAAAAGACCCAAUUUAUUAUCAAAUCACUCAACCACAUCCAGCAAAAACAAUUCUAUAAUAUCAUUAUAGACAAUCAAUUUUCUAUAAUAAACACCCAGACCAUCUCCAUAAAAAUAUUUGAUCAAAAAGAAACAAACCAGUCUUAUAACAACUCCAUUUCAAUCAACUAAAUCAACACUCCAAUCAACUUAAACAACCUUAAGAAAAAAUUAGAAUAAAUUUUGA